ACCCUAAACUCUCCAAAGCCUAACACUCAGCAAGAAGCUUCUACUCCUACUCUCUCCUUCUCCCUAUUUCUCUCUGAAGAUGGCAAGGCGUUUGAUUCCUUCGCUGAAUCGCAUUUUGGUUGAGAAAAUCGUCCCUCCUUCCAAAACCAACUCUGGAAUUCUUCUUCCUGAGAAAACCCCCCAGUUGAACUCUGGAAAAGUGGUUGCGGUGGGUCCUGGAGCUAGGGAUCAAGAUGGAAAGCUUAUUCCUGUUACUGUAAAGGAAGGAGACACUGUUCUUUUGCCCGAUUAUGGAGGCACUGAAGUGAAACUUGGUGAUAAAGAGUAUCAUCUGUACCGAGAUGAGGAUGUUCUAGGAACUCUCCACGACUGAUGUGAUGCAUAAUGUUUCCGUUGCAUGAGAUGUUACUGUUGGUUUCCUGGCAUGCCAAUUAAAACUUGUACCAACCUUACUUGUCUUUUGUAUUUCCAAGGGAAUGAGGAUGGAUAUUAAUUUGCUGAGGAUAAUGAAAAACUGAAAGCAUUCUUAUC